AGGGCCACACAAUUUGAGGGGGAUUUGUAGAUAUCGAGUGGUCUGUAUAUCGAGCACGGAUGCGGCGACUACAAAUAGCUCGCCGCACUCCGAACUACGUUGCUACGAAUGGCGGGCGAUACCGGCGGCAAUGUCGUAUGAUGCAUUGUACUCAGUGACAUCAGGGCGAUUAGGCGGCGAUUAGAUUGGUGGUGAUUUGAGUGGCGAUUUCGUAGUUCGGAAUGACUAUGACGCAUGUGACGUCGCCUGUGGUGGACGCGGCGUCUGCUCCAACGUUCGUAAGUACUUUGACAACGUUCGUAGUGGAACCGUGUAGUCUCGGCGUGCAGGGUGUGGUUUGGCGUUAUCGGGCGCGUACGGUAUCAGUGGUCUACGGAGCAGCGGUCGCCGAGACUCACGCAGGGUAUAAAGAGCUCAAGGAUGGGCGAGCUCAACCCCACACUCUCGCCACACCACCUAGCCACCAGCGCCAAGCAACUGUAUCAUCAGCUCAACCACUCGUAACAUCACACGCAUCCUACCAUGUUCCGUGCCGCUCGCAUCCCCCUCCAGCCCGCCAUGGCUCGCUUGCCGCAUGUGCAAGCCCGCGCAAUGUCGUCCGUCACACCACACCAGCCGCAGAAGGGCAAGCUCCGCGCGCUCUGGGCCCAGGUGCCUGUCGAUGUCUAUCCCCUCCUCUUCGCCGUAUCGGGGGCCUGCGUCCUCGGCGUCUUCACAUUGGGACAUCACUUGAUGACCGACCACACCCUCCGCCUGCUCCCAGACCGCGCAAAGGCGCAGAACUAAGCAUCUGAACCCAGCAUCAGCCAGCAUGUACACAUACAUUUUGCCGCACGGACAUUUGCCCCUGCGCACUGACCCCGCCCGAUCGCGCUGAGGCAAAGCGAUCUGCCCGCCUGAAUGGCCUCAACGACCAGUACCCUGCUAAUACGAAUACAUACACAGCUAAGUGAACAACGCCGGUCUAGCCUGUCAGACUCUAGUCUCUAGCGUCUACUG